UCAUCCCCAUACAAAAGACAACAAAUGACGUCAUACCUGCUCGACGUAUGACGUUCAAAAAGUGCGCGCCUCAAAUACUGUAUCCAGGAGAAAUUAACGAAGGAGAAAUCUGACUGGAACAUGGCGCUGUUUCCAAACUCACUGACGGAGGACGAGGAAACUCUGCAGAAGAAAUACGCGAAAUUGAAGAAAAAGAAAAAAGCCCUGCUGGCACUGAAGAAGCAGAGCUCCAGCAGUCAGACGAGCCAGGCCGGCCUAAAACGCACCUUGUCAGAUCAGCCUGUGGUGGACACCGCUACGGCCACGGAGCAGGCCAAGAUGCUCAUCAAAUCGGGCGCCAUCAGCGCCAUCAAAUCCGAGAACAAAAACUCUGGAUUCAAGCGAUCUCGAACACUCGAGGGAAAAUUAAAGGAUCCAGAGAAAGGACCAGUUCCAGCGUUCCUGCCCUUUCAGAGAAGCGUCUCUACAGACGAGGAGCUUUCUGAGUUGAACAAAAGAACCCACAGGAAGGCUCUGUAUGACAGCUUCGUCGGGCCGUCCGACCGCCCGCGUGAAGUGGAAGUCGAAGGCGGGGCGGAGCCCGGCCGGGAUUUGGAGCGAGAGCGGGACAGAGAUCUGGAAAGAGAUCGAGAGCGAGAUCGAGAGCGAGACCGAGAUCGGGGCCGAGACAGAGAACGAGAGCGGACUAGGGACAGGAGUCGAGACAGAGACAGAGAGCGGGACAGGGAACGAGAGAGAGAACGGGAUCGAGACCGGGACAGAGACGGAGCCUUCCGACGUACCGACUCGUACCCGGAGCGACGAGGCAUGCGGAAAGGAAACACGGUGUACGUUUACGGUGCAGGCAUGGUGGAGGAGAGUCUGCGUACGGCCUUCUCUCAGCACGGCACCAUCAUCGACCUGUCCAUGGACUCGCCACGCAAUUGCGCGUUCGUCACUUUUGAGAAGAUGGAGUCGGCCGAUCAGGCAGUCGUAGAGCUGAAUAACAGCACAGUGGGAGACGUCACUAUCAAAGUCAGCAUCGCUAGGAAGCAGCCCAUGCUGGACGCCGCUACGGGGAAGUCGGUGUGGGGGUCUCUGGCCGUACAGAACAGCGCCAAAGGCUCGUACAGGGACAAGCGGAAUCAAGUCGUCUACAGUGAAGAAUACUUCUGAGCAUUUCAAUCGGUUUUAUGAUUAGUCCGUGUUUUUUUUUUUUUUUUUUUUUGACGCGAAUCAUAAAGUUGUGAAAUUGCUGAGUGUGCAGAACACGUGUUUAAAGUGCAUACAGUAGUCAGCUGUAUUGUUUUUCGGCUCAAUAAACACGAAGGCUGCGUACGAUUUGGGAAUUAACAGGCCGAGCUGUUAGAGGAAAUCACCAGGGAUGAGAAAGAUCGUUUACUUUUCAGAGUACAUCCUGAAGCAUGUCUUCUUACACCUGUUCAAUCCACGAUCUAUUUAAUGUUGUAAAACGUCGGGAUUGUUUUGCUGAUUACUCUGUUUUCCCAAAAUAAAAAUGAAAGUUUAUAUUA